ACAUAGAUGUCUGUCUGCUUCUCUCCUCCUGGAUAAAUAAAUAAGAGUAAUUGAUUCUUGCUCGUAUAUCCGCCCGCGUGAAUAUCCGGAUAUAACCCUGAGCAGUUGCAUUGCCGUAAAUAAUAAUAUUAUUAUUUAAUCUUGCUGUUGAUGUUGAUGUUGAUGUUGAAUUGUUGUGACUUCCCUUGCUGUUUGCUGUUUGUUCCCUAUCGGCUCACUCGCUACCUUUUUUUCUUCUCUUCUUUUUCCUCCUCCAUCCGAACCAUCGACAACCACGACCUCAAACUAAACUCCCGGCUCCCUCGCGCCACAGCUCCUAUCCUCACCGCAUUCUCGUUCUCGCAGCUGCAUCUUCUGACACUCUCCCCUCUUGCCGUUGCUUCUGCUGUCUCCCUCCCCCCGUAUCCGUCGUCCCAUCUUCAGCCUCUCUUCCAUCCCCGCAUAACCUCCCUCAACUUCCCCGCCCUCGCCCUGCUCUCGUUCUACACCUUCUACCCGGUCUCUUUUUCUGAGCAAAUCUACCCCUCUAUCCCUCUCCUCCUCCUCUUCAUUCGCCGUACCGUCCGUCCGCAUCUUCAUUGACGCUGCCCUAUGUCUAUCAAUGCGCUGCCAGCCCAUCCGUGCUCCCCCGCCCUCCGCCACGUCCUGUGCGAAUCUCAAUUCACAUUCCCAUUACCACGACGGGUUAUCCGUCACUAGCUAUCAUCAUCAUCAUUAUCAUUUUACCUCUCAUUGUCAUUGACAACUGACAUCGAUAUCGACGUCGGGAUCGCAAUCGCAAACAAUCGCCCAUUGUCCUAGCAGUACCUCCACCUCCCACAGUGCGCACACUCCACUGCAUUAUUGUCUCGAGCUCACGUUUGUGCUCCUCAGGUUGCACACUGCGGCGUUGUUCCAUGGUUCCCUUUCUGUAAUGCGGCCUCGUCAUAUUUUUUGCUUCUUUUUUAUUCAGCCAUCAACCACGCUUUCCACGCUCGCAUUCGCUUAAUCGGCGGCGGCCUUUCUCUUGUCGUGCAGCCUUGUCCCUCGGUUUCGAGCUUAUACCGCGCCUCUCGAUUGGUCCCUGCUCUGCCAGCUUGACCUCUUCCCCUCUCGUCGGCUGCCAUCUCUCGCCCUCCGUUCCAAAGUUACUGUGCUGAACUCGGGCUGCUCGACGCUGUCGCACCGCAGCAAUCCGCCAGUCAGACCUCUUAACGCCCCUGGCUGCGGUCGCGUGAUUCUACUUCGGCCGCGCCCUCACUUGCUGAAGCAUACCUCGCAGCUGCCGUGCUACCACACUCGAACUGCUCGCGCGUGUUGGUCUUAUAUCAGCCCGUCAAAAUAUCUUACAUAGCCUCUUGGAAUCUCGUUCCAGUGUUGUGGUUCCGUGUGUCGCAGUGGGAAUUUUUAUUUCAAUCUAAUUCUCAUUGACAAAUUGAGAAAGAGAAAUAGGCAAAAACAUGUUAAAAAAGGCAAAAAACUAAGAACAAAAUAGGAAAAAGGAAGUGAAAAAAGGAAAAAAGAAAUUAAAAAAAGCAAAACGAAGGGCUGUAUUUAGAUUCAGGCGCAAGAUACGCACCGGCUACUUGCAGAAAUCAAGAAGAAGCCCACCCAGACAAACGUGGGCAUCGCAUCGAUCGACAGGAAGCACAGGCGAAGGAGAGACUAACCCGCACAGCCAACCCCCCUUCCACCGACCUGCCAUUUCCUAGCAGGUAAAUACCGUUUAUAAAUAUAUAUAUCUCUAGAUCUAUAUAUUAUGACGGCCAGCACCAGAAAUGGAUCGCCGUCCCCGUCACCGGCUGCUCCUACAGCUACGGAACAAGAAUCCAAAAGUAUGACUACGACCCCCGCCAACCCGCCAGAGACGAAAUCCCAAACAAACGGGAAAGGAAGUGGCACCGCUCAAAGUAGCCAAAAACCCGCCUCGACAUCCGCCAAUGCUAAGGACCCUCUCCGCCCAAGGAGGAAGAAGGCUAAAAGAGCUUGUUUUGCUUGUCAGAGGGCCCAUCUGACCUGCGGCGAUGAGAGACCUUGCCAACGAUGUAUCAAGCGCGGGCUCCAAGAUGCUUGCCAUGACGGGGUACGGAAAAAAGCCAAGUAUCUACACGAUGCGCCGAACGAAGCUCUCCUGCCCGGCAUCCGAGGAAAUUAUUACAAUCAGGCGAAUACAACGAGAAAUAUCCCCAACCAACGGGGAAAUGCCUCCAAUUCAAACUCGAACAAAGUCUCACGCCAAAGCGUCUCCUCCGCCAAUUUCUACACACCCCAGGCCGCCAGGAGCUACAAUGUCUACGUCCAAGCCAAGUCUCAACAAAGUCAUGUACGCCCUGCAGUGAUGCAGGACGCUUCGAUGAAUCCCAGUGUUUUCCAUGCUCAAUCGCCCUCAUCGACACAGAAUUUCGACCUGUCCUCGAAUCCGCAAACUCAGAAUCUCUCCUCAGCCAUGUCUCAAACCGCGUCGUCUGUGUCUGGCCAGAAUCAAGAUCCCUUUGGUGCCGCAUUUUUUGACCCCAGUCAUCCAGCGCUGUUCAAUUUCGAUAUAGCCAGCAUGAAUUUCGGCAAUCGAUAUGGCGCUUUGGAAUUCGGGAUGCUAGGGCACAUGGCUACAGGAGCAGGAGACACUCCACCCAGUGAUUCAGCCACACAGCGUGGGUCCAUUGGGCGGAGUUCUGGUACAUUUACUGCUCAAAACUUUGGAGAUAGCGCCAACAACCAAUCGCCCUUCCUGUUUGGUGAUCCAGUACUCAAUGACUGGAACCCAACGGGCCAAGGCCAGGCAAAUCCGCGUAAUAUCUACAAUCAGAACGCGGUCGCUGGCCAGAUGGGUGAGCAGAACCCUCACGCUUUCGCUAUCGAGAGCGCUCCGAUGAAUUUUGCCAGCCCGAGCUCGACAGAAAGCCCCCAGAUGACGACCACAACACCAUUUGACGAAGCCAACGCCAACUUCUCCUCCCGAACAAACCUCAUGCAUCCAACAAACACUCCGCAACAAUCCCGCAUAUCAACUCCGGGCCUCAAACAUCAAGGCUUACACGUAGGCGUGAAGAGGCGAUACCGUAGCCCUUCAUCAAUAUACGAGAGCGUCAAGGAGCCAUAUUCAUAUACAAGCGGCUUCCACAGUCUCACGGCAUUUAUUCAACGGCGCUUCUCCCCCCAAAAGACCCUUCAGAUCGCCAAAGCGCUCGCCUCGAUCCGACCCUCCUUCAUCGCCACAACCAAAACCCUCAACCAAGACGACCUCAUAUUCAUGGAGAAAUGCUUCCAACGAACGCUGUGGGAAUACGAAGACUUCAUCAACGCCUGCGGUACGCCGACCAUUGUCUGUCGCCGGACGGGUGAAAUCGCCGCCGUGGGUAAGGAGUUCAGCAUCCUUACCGGCUGGAAGAAGGAGGUCUUGCUGGGCAAGGAACCGAACCUAAAUGUCAACACGGGCUCCUCGUUAUCAUCAGCGUCAUCGGUAAGAGGUAGCAGCACAUUUACCCCUCGAAACAAUAACACCCAUAAUAGCAUAGAUCCUCACACAGGCAUGCCCACCGUAGGCGGGGGUGGUGCAAGUGGACGUACGCAACCUGUCUUCCUCGCGGAGUUACUCGACGACGACAGCGUGAUUGAGUUCUACGAGGAUUUCGCGAAACUUGCCUUUGGCGAUUCGCGCGGGAGCGUGAUGACGACGUGCAAGUUGCUGAAGUAUAAGACGAAGGAGGAUAGUGCGGCACUGUUUCAUGGGAAGGAGGAGACCCAGCAGGGUGGAGUGGAUGGGAGCAGUGGUACCGGUACUACUACUAGUGGUGAUGUCGCGACAACGACAGCAACAGGCACGUCGACAAGCAACGGCGCCAAUGCCAACACCAAUGGGAACAAUACUAAUCCCAACGAUCCAUCCUCCGCCGCUUCAUCGUCAGCGUCAUCGGCGUUGCAGGGCCCGCAGCAAUCACCUAGGCAAACGUGGGGGAAGAGGGGCAUUGCCGGCGAAGCGGGGAUGAAUCAGCUAGGAUUCCGUGAUGGAAAGGUGGAGUGCAGUUACUGCUGGACGGUAAAGAGAGAUGUAUUUGAUAUACCCAUGCUUAUUGUUAUGAAUUUCCUACCCUGCAUUUAAUCAACCAAGGCGCGAACGUCGGUCACAUCAGUUUUAGCAAUUAAAUCACUUUCUUGUUCUGGCUCUGGCUGAGGGGUCAAAAAAGCAAGGGAUGAAAAGUUUGGUAUUGGAAAAAAGAUUUGGGGUAGUUUGUCAUUAUUGGGCCUUGGGAUUUUGUUGUUUACUUGGUGACAUGUUUUUUUCUUUCCUUACCUUCUUAUGGAAGAAGUGAAUGAGCUAGAAUAAGGAUUUUGAUGUUUGAUGAAUGUUGCAUGUAUAUAUAUCCCCAAAUUCAGUAUGGCUAUGUUCGCAGGCAUAUCUGUUGAUCAGUAUGCUGAUGAUGUAUUUUCAUGGACAUGAUAGCAAUGAAUGAUUCGAGUGAGAUUGUUGAAUGAUGAUGAAGUGAAUGCAAUUUUUAUUUAUUUAUUUAUUUAUUUAUUUAUUUAUUUUUGUUU